GUUGACAGACAGCCGCGAAGACGAAUGACGCCGCACCGGUCCCGCCCUACGGAAGGCACGUCCCGUCAGCCAAUGAGAACGCUCUAAUCAGAUCAUGUGUCAGUUUCGCGGCAAAAAAGAUUUCGCGCGAAAACUGCCCGACCCUUGUUUCGAUGUAGAUCAGCUGGGACAAUAACAACAAUAACAGCGGGGUCGCGACGGGGCUUUUGUGCGUGGACGUGGCACAGGGAGAUGCACACUGUGGGGCCACGGUUGAACUUUUAAAAGGAUUCCUGGUUUUUAUUUCCCCGGAUUGCUUUGCUUGUUUAUCCAGUUCCAGCUUCCUGCGUGCCCCAACAAAACGAGGGGGUAGAAGAACUGCGGCUAGCGCUAACAUGCUAAUCAGAUCCAGACUUUUACAGACGGAGAUGAAGACUUCUGUGUAAUAUUCACUCGGACGCCUGUGCUUUUGGGGGCUUGUGCUCUAAAACACCCACCGUUUGCAUCGUUUUGUUAUUUUUGUUUGUUAGCCUACUCUUGUAAAGCAGUUUUAAAGUUGUACUAGCUCUUACAGUAAUCCGUGCUUCUCGUUAAACUCUUCUGUUGCAGGUUAAACUCAUAAAUAUCUGUUUUGACAGCGCGAUCGAUAACUUAUAUCACUCAUAUUUUGACGCCACGCUAGCGUAUUAGCAUUGCUGUAGUUUUGUCUGUGACAGUGUGGCCAGGCCUCGAUGUGCACUGUACUGACAGGACACAUGAAAACAAAAGAUUAGCCUGUUCUCCUGCUAGCCCGCUAAUCUAAAGCUUUUUUUUUGCCGUAUAGCUUUGUAAACGAGGUUCAGUUUGUCCAUACUUUCAGAAUAGAGUUGCAAGUUAAUACGCUGCUGUGCAUUUAGCUGCGUUAUUAUGUUAGUCAUAUUUCGUGCUUAUACUACAUUCCGUCUUUUUGCUCUUCAGCGUCAUUGAAUUAGUUUGAGUCAAGUUUAUGUUUUAAGUAGUUGUACUAUUAAUAUGUAUUUGUACAUAUGCAAUGCCCACCUUAUUCAUUAGAAAUAAGUAGUUGUAUUGAAAUGUUAAGCGUGUAUCAUUUGUAAACCAGAAAUUAUAGACUUAAAACCUUGCAACAUCAAUGAGAGUUCUGCAAAUGCAUUCAGCGUUGUACCCCCCAAUUUUGUAAGCCCCAGAGCCUGCACUGCAUUGUCCAGGAGAACAGGUUUUGCCAUGUCAGAGACUCUGAUAACUGGACACACAUCGGAGGACCUGUUGGCAGACUUUGAGACUUUGCUGAACUCUGGGACCAUAGAGCUGGGAGAGGACCACCAGAUUGUGAUCAUCACCAGCCCAGGCCAUGAGGGACUACACCCAACUGCUGCCCCGACCAGCACAGGCGAAAUCCUGCUGUUCGCCACGCCACAAGGACCCCCUAAUGGUGCCAUUCAGGACAAGAGACGACCCACUCUGGGAAGGCCACCGGUGAAGAGAAAGUUGGAUCUUGACAGUGAUCAUCAGUAUGUGAGCACCACCAGACCCUCCACGGCUCCCCCCUCCACUCCCGCCCCUCCCCGAGUUCCUCGAAUCAUCUCAGAGAAGUCUCGUUAUGAUACAUCUUUAAACCUGACCACCAAGCGCUUCCUGGACCUCCUGUCCCAGUCUGCUGAUGGAGUAGUGGACCUCAAUUGGGCCUCACAGGUGCUGGACGUCCAAAAGAGGAGAAUAUACGACAUCACCAAUGUCCUGGAGGGAAUUCAACUCAUCUCCAAGAAGUCUAAGAACCAUAUCCAGUGGCUUGGGAAUCGUAUUGAUGGAGAGGCUGUGUCCCGUCAGAAAGCUUUACAAAGAGAAGUUUGUGACCUGACAGACACAGAGGAGAGGUUGGAUGAGUUGAUAACUAAAUGCAACCUACAGCUGAGACUGCUCACUGAAGAGCCACAAAAUAAGAAAUUGGGAUAUGUGCGGUGCCAGGACUUGAAGAAGUCUUUUGACUCUCCAGAUCAGCUGGUCAUGGUCAUCCGAGCUCCUCCAGAGACACAGAUGCAGGUUUCUGAGCCCAGCGAGGGUUAUCAGGUGUCUCUGAAAAGCACACAAGGACCCAUUGAUGUCUUCCUCUGCCCUGAAGACAGUUCUGGAGUCUGCAGUCCAGUUACAGGAAGCAGUCCUCUCAAACCCAAUGGAGAUGUGUCUCUCACCUCUCAACCCACUGACCAAUUACAGUCCAAGAUAUCAGCAGCAGCUUUGGAAGUGGGUCUGUCUUCUCCAACCUCCACCUGCUCCACGGCAACAGCAGCGUCCCAGCAGGACCCCUGCAGUCUGUUAGGGGGAGACACAGAGUCCCUGCUUGGAGGAGACCCCUUUCCUGGACUGGGCGACAUGGCGGACUUUGACUUUUCUCCUUUGUCUUCUUCGGACUUCCUCAAUGGAGAUGGACUUCCUCUCCCAUUGGACAGUUUCAUUAACCUGUCUCCUCCUCACAAUCAUGGCUACCACUUUAGCCUGGAGGACCAUGAAGGCAUCAGUGAACUGUUUGACUGUGAGUUUGGGGACCUCUCCCAGGUUUUAGGGGACACCUGAAGGAGGCACUCACUGAGAGAAUUCAUGAGUAAAUGGAUGUUUGGCUGUACAGAGCAUUUUAUUAAUUUCCUGAAUUGUACAGCAGUUGACUAGCACUUCUUGGCUGUGUAAACAUUUUAGACAAUGUUCUUAGCUUUAGCCUAGCUAUUUAAAUUAUUUAUGUGAGUAUAUAAUUUUGAUAUUUUGUACCAAGUCAGGUUUGUUUUUUUGCUAAUGUUUAAUGGGUAGUGCAGGUGUUUCAGGGCAUGGAGGGCUGGUUUUCCUCUUCAGUUACAUUUCAUCACAUCAUGUUCAGGGUGACGUUCUGAAGAAUAAAAGAAAGUCCUGGUGGGUAAGAUGUAUGCCCCUUCUAAACGCAGGUGUGCAGUAGAUAUUUCAAACUGAAAGACAUUUGUAUCCAGAUAUAACAUUCUAAACAGUAGUAUGUUCAUGAAGUAGAGUAACUUUUAAAUGUAUUUUAAGAGAUGGCAUUGUAGUAAGAGCUCAAGCAGUGACUCUUUUAUAAACUUAAGGUUAAAGUUGCCAUAUACCUAGUAGCAAACAACAACUGACUUCUUGGAAUUAAAUUAUUAUUUAGUUGUUUUCAAUAAAUUAGGUAUAAAUUGUUGAAUGUUAAUAGUGUGAGGAAACCAGGAAUUGCAACAGGUAUGUUAGCAGAUAAGGUUUCAGUGUGUUUAGACUCAUUUAGUUCUAGUUUCAGGUGUUUGGAGGUGACAGAAAUGUUUUAAUGCAAAGGUGUGUGACUGUGAGUGGUAAAUCUUCUAUUGUCUUAAAUACAAAUGCAUGUUCUCUUAUACUAUAUAGUGAGUGGGAUUGCAAGUGGUGUCUCUUGGCAUGGAUUGACUUUGUAAAACUUGGACCAUUCGUUUGCUUGUUUAUUGCCUUGGAAAAUCAAACUACAACAUUAUUUUAGGAUGGAACCUAAAUGCAAUAAUAUUUUAAAAUCACGGGAAAUUCACUGAUGUCUGCCUUUACUAAUUCUCGCUGGUAACAAAAUGCUUACUUCAUUGUCCUUCAUUUAUUAAUCUACUACAUUUUUAAAUACAAUGUGCUUUUCAUAUCAGUGUGUGGUUCCAAGAAUAACUCCUGGAAGUGACCGUUUUGUUUUGCUCCAAGCCGAAUAUCCUGCUUUUGUUAUCAGCAUCUCCAAGUUUAAAUUUAGUUCAUACCUUGAAUCAAUGACCCUAUCUUCAUCUUACAUCUCAAAUAUUCAGUAUAUGCUCCAAACUCCUUUUAUGUCCAAUUGCACCAACGUGUCUCUUACGUCAUGUACUCAAUGGUUGAAGAUGAGAAACUUAUUUUUGAAUUAGAAAUGCCUUGUUUUUAAGUUAUGUAAGCUAACAUGUUUGAUUUUUAUUGAAGUUAAAAUAUUUUGUUUGUUAUGUUUUGUGUGUUCAAUUUAUAUAUUUAUUUAAAUGGGGUUUGUUAGAGAAAUGGUACAAGAUUUAUCAUUGUUUUGACCUUUUCACGGGGCUGUAAUUGAUUUGUGUUUUACUAUAACCAUUUUGAACAUUUGGUUUAGUAUUUUGUAAACGAGGUUCUGUAAGAAUUCGGCUGUUCAUGGCUCACAUACUCAUGUAAUUAAGGCUUCAAUUGUUGUGUUAUUGGGUCCCACCACAAACACUAUCAAACCCUUCGAAUAGCAGUCUCUCAGUCUCAUUUUACAAAAUACUGCACUCUUUUUUUCAACUUUCAAUACAUGAACAACUUGAUUCAAUACAGUUUGCUGUCUACAGAUAUAUAUUAUUUGUAAUAAUCAUAAUUUAAGUUCUGGACUGCAUUUAGAUGGGGGCUUCUUGAGUAUAACUGUCAUUUUUGAAUGUGCUGAAACAGAUGCAACAUGUUUUCACAAUAUUCUUUGACACAUUUGCACCGGUUGGUCUCAAAUCACUGUUUUUGUCAAAAACUAUUUUGCUAAAUUGAUUGUCCAUAGCCAUUUUAUUUGAGAGAAAAUAUUAAUGUAAGAUGUGAUUGAUACCAACCCUGAUUCUGCCAUGCAUUUAAGGGACGCUGUUUUAAUCAUAGGUUUUACAGUAACUUGCCCUAUUUUUGCUAUAAAUCUUAUUUUUGUUGUUACAUAUUGGGUAAACUAUUUUGUACUUUCAAUUAUUAAUUGAGAAAACUAUGCCCUUUUGUAUCAGUU